CAGCUGGAUACACCGCUACCAUUUCCUAAAACCUCCGCCGCCGUUUCUUCUGUUGCAAACUGAUAGGCGCCGUUGGAUUCCCUCCCCCCGCCUUAGCGAUUAUCCCGGCCAGUCUAUGCGCCACCGUCUCUAAUCGCAUUUUUUUAUCUCGGCGUUGAAUCGUGUCCCCUGGUCCUUCACUGUCUUACUGGUUCAGCCCCGAAGAUCCAGAGUUCAGAUCGCAUUUUGAAGUUGAGGACUUGAGGCAUUUUUUAACGGCGUGACCUUCUUGUGAUAAUGGAGCUCAAACACAUAAACCACUUUGAUAAAAAAUGAAACACAUGACCCUAUCUGAAAACGGGCUCAACCGCAGAAGUUCUCAAAACUCUUUUGGCGUUCAUGUAAAAAGGACAGGUGCAACCUCUCAUUGGUGCUAACUUAAAAUGGAGAAAGGAUUUAUGACAACUGUAAUGUGCACAAAAAACUUGGUGCGCAAUUGCAUCGGAAUCCAUGUUUUAUGGUUCUGUCUACAAUUCUUUUGUCAUGUGGACCUUUAAAGGUCAGUGCAAUUUUUGAAGGAUUCAAAGCUGCGUGAAGAAAUUUGCACUGUUAACAAUGGCAGUCACUCGAAGAACCAGAAGAGCUUACAAAGCUAUGAAAGCUAUUGGAAUAUCCAGAGCAAGGGUGAAACCUGUACUGAAAAAUCUUUUGAAAAUUUAUCAGAGUAACUGGAGAUACAUUGAAGAGGAGAAUUAUAGAGCCCUUGCUGAUGCGGUCUUUGAGAGUGCGGAACCAAAGGUUGCGAGGAGCGGAGAGCCUGAGAAUAGUGAACAAAGAGCUUUGGAAGGAGAAAUCUUACCCAAGGACCUUGAGCAACCACAUAAGAGACUGCGGUCACAAUAUCAAGGAGAUCAGCCUUCUUCUUGUUACAACCCUAGCUCCACCUUGGCUGAAGCAUCCCAGAAAAAUGGUAAAGUGAAGGAUGAUGUUGUGUCUAUUGAUUGUUGCACCCAUGAGUUGCCCGACAUGACGGGUUCUCACCAGUCCAGUCAUGUAGAGAUGGCUGUGGGAACAUCUUCUCACUCAUUACAGAUGCAUGAUAAAAACAAAGGAAAGGAACCCAUUUCACCAGAAUCUUUGGUGUUGCUAAAUAAAUCUGUUUCAACUCAGCCUGCUAGCCUUGAGAAAACCCCCUUUAAUUCCCUGAAGAAGGCUGGACGAAAGUCUAGCUCUCAUCCAAUGCGACUUAGAAGUAAACAAAGAGAACCUCAAGAUCAUAAAUCUGCAUCCCGGAAAAAGAAGUCGAGGCUAAACCUUAAAGACACGAAGAAUCAAACUUGUCCUGUUCAAUCUGCUCAGCAGAAUAAUUUUGGUGCUCAUGUUUCAAUAGAGAAUAAGGAUGUUACAUUAAUUGGUGAUAUGCCUGACUUCAAGGUUCCCAUUGCUGUUUUCCCUCUUGAGUCAUCAGAUGAUGACGGUGUUCGAUGUGGAAAUGGGCAUGUAGGUUCCAAUGGGACCAAGGAUGAAAUUAUCUGUAUUACAUCAUCAUCCAGUGAAAUGAAAACCAAUCAGAAGCCGGUACAACAACUUUCUCCUCACAGUGAUGGUGCAGACAACGAAUCAAGAUCUAAAGAAGAUGCAUCUCAGAAUAACCACUGUAUAGCUGCUGAAAGUGGUCAGUGUGUGAGUGAACAUUUGAAUUCUCCAAGUCCAGAGGCUGUUGAAUCAUUCCAGCUAUCUCCGGAUAAUACCGGCACUCUAAAUAAGGUCAUUGACAUUACCAAGAAGCAAGAAAGUAUCACAAUUUCAUUAGUCAAUGAAGUUAAUAGCAAACGCCCACCAUCUUUCCACUACAUAUCUGAAAGUACAGUAUUCCGGAAUGCACAUAUAAACAUUUCUCUGGAUCGUAUCGGGGACGAUCAUAGCUGUUCGACUUGUUCUGGUGACUGUUUGUCAUUGACCAUACCAUGUGCUUGUUCAUACGAAACUGGGGGUGAGUUUGCAUACACAAGAGAAGGUCUCGUGAAAGAGCAGUUUCUGAACGAGUGUAUUUCUAUGAACCGUGACCCAGAAAAACACUGUCAGUACUAUUGCACCGAGUGCCCACAUGAAAGAUCUAAAAGCACUGUAGAUCCUUGCAAAGGUCAUCUUGUGAGGAAUUUCAUCAAAGAGUGCUGGAGAAAGUGUGGAUGUGAUAUGCAUUGUGGCAAUCGCGUAGUACAACGAGGAAUUACUCGAAAGUUACAGGUGUUUAUGACUCCUGGAGGGAAAGGAUGGGGCCUGCGUACUCUAGAGGACCUGCCAAAAGGUGCAUUUGUUUGUGAAUAUGUGGGAGAAGUUCUUACAAAUUCUGAACUAUUUGAUCGUAUUUCGCGGAGCUCUGGUAAGGAGAAACACUUUUAUCCUGUGCUGCUUGAUGCUGAUUGGGCAGCAGAAGGUGUGUUGAAGGAUGAAGAAGCUCUGUGUUUGGAUGCUACUUACUAUGGGAAUGUGGCAAGGUUUAUAAACCACAGAUGUUUUGAUUCAAAUUUGGUUGAGAUACCAGUUGAGAUAGAGACUCCGGAUCACCAUUACUACCAUCUUGCCUUUUUCACUACAAGAGAAGUUAAAGCUAGGGAAGAGCUGACAUGGGACUAUGGAAUUGAUUUUGGCGAUCACAAGCAUCCAAUCAAAGCUUUUAAAUGCCAGUGUGGGAGUACUCUCUGCAGAAACAUCAAGCGUCUCAGGUCCAAAAGGGCAAGGAGAUGGACCAAACCAUCAAGGAAAUGAAAAUGCAUUGAUGAUGAUUCACAUUAUCGCUCUUGAAUAUCGUGAAGAUGUUGGAACCAUCUACAGUUCUGUCAUGCAUCUUUGUUGUGGGCUAUUAAUGAUUUGCUCUUUUUUCUUGGUGCUGAUACAUCGCAUUUUUUUUAGUGUUGUAGCACCCCCUGUAUUUUAAUAAUCAAUUCAUCCUAACCUGGGUUUUUUAUGAAUAGAAAUGUUGUUGAGAGUUUUAGUGCCCAUAGGAUUUAGGGAUGUUGUCCACUAAUCAUUUAAGAGAAAACUGAAAACAAGCUCGGGCAUAUAAGUAUAUAUGAUAAGACUGGUAUGUAAAUACGCUUACCUAUAUUACUAUGAGUGUUAUAGUGCACUGUGCACCUAUAUUACUAUGAGUCCUUUCCGAUGUCAACCAUAUGAUUACCUUUAUAAUUAGACAAAAAUAUGGC